GACAGUUUGGGCUGGUCUCAUCACAACAUCAUCAGGGCGUUUUGGGCAACGCUCAGACACACAACGGUACCCCUUAUCUUAGAUUUGAUCCACCCUGAAUGGGACAGCAGUUCCUUUCCAUACAGACGACAUGAAAUGCUGAAGUGGUAAAAAUGAACAAACCCAAAAUGGCCACAGAGAAAGGCGUUCCCAGUAACUCCAGGGUACUGAUGCUCCUGGGCCAACUGGAGAGGAUGAACAGAGAGGCCAUGGUGAAAGAUGUGGAGAUGGCAAGACAGGUCACCGCAAAGAUAUUUCAUCUCAUACAGACACAGGAGAAGAGCGGCAAAGAGGUGAUGUCCAAAGGCUCCAGUGGCAUGGAGGUCUUACUGGCUUCACUGGAGAAUACCCGGGAUGUCCAGACCACUCUGAACAUCUUGUACAUUCUCAGUGAGCUGCUGACUGUGGGCAGAGGUCGCAGAGUGGGAGUAUUUGUGUCUAAAGGAGGAACGGGAAUAUUAUUCCAGAUUCUGAUCACUGCCAGUAAGGAGCUGCCUCCCAGUGAAGAACUCAUGCUGCAGCUUCACUCACUGCUCGCCAAGGUUGGCCCAAAAGACAGAAAGUUUGGAGUGAAGGCCCGACUGAGCGGAGCGCUGAAUGUCACAGUCAACUUAAUGAAACAGAACCUACAGAACACCAAACUGCUUCUGCCCUGCCUGCAGGUUCUCAGGGUUUACUCCACCAACUCUGUGAAUGCUAUUUCUUUGGGCAAGAGUGGAGUGGUGGAACUCAUGUUCAAGAUUGCCGCGCCGUACAGCAAGAAGAACACCAGCCUGCUGAAGGUCGCUCUGGAUGCACUGGGAGCACUGCUGAAAUCCAAAACAAACGCUCGCCGUGCAGUAGAUGGUGGACACGUGCCUGUCUUGCUGGCUCUGUACCUGGACUGGCAUCGCAAUGACACACGCCAUCGCCACAUGCUAAUUCGCAAAGGGCUGCUGGUCUGCCUCAGGAACAUCACCAACAUCAAGCUCGGCAGGAAAGCAUUCAUAGACGCUGAUGGCAUGAGGAUUCUCUACAACUCAUCCACUGAGUGUCUUCCAGUGCGGACUCUGGAUCCUCUUGUCAACACGUCGAGUCUCAUCAUGAGGAAAUGUUUCCCUAAGAACCGUCUGCCUCUGCCCACCAUCAAAUCAGCCUUCCACUACCAGCUGCCACAUGUACCUGCUGUAGGACCUGUGGCGCAGCUGUACAGCCAGCCACCUGGGGGAAGAAAGAUUCAUCAGCUCUGCAGCAGGCCCUUAAAGAAGGUGGAUGAUGUGGUGGAUGAAAGCGACGAUAACGAGGAGACAGAUGCAGACACAGAGAACGAAACUGAGAAUGAAGAGGACGAGAAGGAUCAGCGCGCUCUGAAUGAUGACAUAGAGACGGACCUGAACAAGCUGCAUCCCAAAAAGGGCCCUGGUCGUCCCUUCGAGGAGUUGAGGGUCUAUGAGAGGUUUUUCUUGGAGCUUUCUGAAGACUUCCAGGGUUAUAACUUUGAAUCCUCAAAGAGUGCCUCUACCACAUCUUCAUCAUCGUCUUUCUCCUCAUCAUCAGCCCCAGCUCGAUCCACUCGACCAAUCAUAGUGCCCACAGCUCAAGCCCUGUCCCCAAAGCAUGUCCCCAUCUCGAGCUCUCAGGAGGAUUGCACCCCUACCAAAGGACAACACACUCUGCCGUCUCCUCCUGCACCCACUCCUGCUCCCCCGACACCUCUAGAACUGGACAGCAUCCACCUCACCAAGGACCAACACAAAAAAGAGGAGGCUCACAUUCCUUCCCCAGACACACAUAUGACACUGUCCUCCCUCGCCAGGCCUCCCUCUCAGGGGCAUAAGUUAGACCAGGACCUUGCACAUGUGUUGGAGUGUGUCUCUCUAGAAGAGGAGAGGCCUCUGAACACAGGAGAAGAAGGAGGAAGGGGAGUCAAACAGGAAGGAUCCCCAGUCAACGCCACCAGACACAUCCAGUCUCCUCUGCUCUUGGGGGGCAUUGCUACUCGUCGGGUGGGAGGAGGAGGCAGCAACUGGGGUUCAGAUUGUGGCUCAGAGGGUGCUGAGGAUGAGAUGGGGGAAGGAGCAGUUCUGGAGGUGCCAGACACGGCCCUGCUCCUCCCGCUGCAUGACCCCGACCUGUACGUGGAGAUGGUGAAGGGAACACGCUCCGUUCCCCAGUACGCUGAAGUGGCUUACCCAGACUACUUUGGCCAUGUAGCACCGACAUUUAAGGAGCCCCUUCAGGAGAGAGUUUACGGUGUACAGAGGUCUAAGAUAUUCCAGGACAUCGAGAGGUUGAUUCAUCCUAAUGAUAUCGUGGAUAAAGUAGUUUACGACCUGGACAAUCCCAGUUGUCCUGUGAUUGAAGACGAUGGCGAAUCACUGAAGUUCAACUCUCAGUUUGAGUCUGGAAACCUCAGGAAGGCAAUCCAAGUCAGGAAAUACGAGUAUGACCUUGUGCUGAAUUCAGACAUCAACAGUAAUCACUACCACCAGUGGUUCUACUUUGAGGUGAGCGGCAUGCGUGUUGGAACUGCCUACCGCUUCAACAUCAUCAACUCUGAGAAGUCAAACAGCCAGUUCAACUACGGCAUGCAGGUGCUGAUGUACUCAGUGCAGGAGGCGAUCAGUGGAAGGCCACACUGGGUCAGAACAGGAACAGACAUCUGUUACUACAAGAAUCACUUUGCAAGGAGUUCCAUAGCAGCUGGUGGUCAGAAAGGGAAGUCUUAUUAUACGAUGACCUUCAGCACAACCUUCAGCCAUAAGGAUGAUGUCUGCUACUUCGCCUAUCAUUACCCAUAUACAUACUCCACUCUUAAGAUGCACCUGUCCAAACUGGAGGCUUUGAGGACCCCUCAGAUCUACCUGAGACAGGACGUCCUCUGUGAAACACUGGGGGGAAACAGCUGCCCCCUUCUCACCAUCACUGCCUUGCCUGAGUCCAACUCCAAUGAUCACAUCUGUCAGUUUAGGAAUCGUCCGUUGAUCUUCCUGUCAGCCAGAGUGCACCCUGGAGAGACCAACGCCAGCUGGGUAAUGAAGGGCACGCUGGAGUUCCUGAUGGGCACCAGCCCACUUGCAGCCAGCCUGAGAGAGGCCUACAUCUUCAAGAUCGUCCCCAUGCUCAACCCUGACGGAGUUGUAAAUGGAAAUCACCGUUGUUCUCUGAGUGGAGAGGAUUUGAAUCGCCAGUGGCAGAACCCCAAUCCUGAGCUCCACCCCACCAUCUACCACACUAAGAGCCUGCUGCAGUACCUUGCACACAUACAAAGGGCACCGCUGGUGUUUUGCGACUACCACGGUCAUUCCAGGAAGAAGAAUGUGUUUAUGUAUGGCUGCAGUGUGAAGGAGACAGUCUGGCAGUCCAAUAUCAGCGCGACAUCCAGUGACUUACAGGAGGACCUUGGAUACAGGGCGCUGCCUAAGAUCCUGUCCCAGAUCGCCCCGGCCUUCAGCAUGGCAAGCUGUAGUUUUGUUGUGGAGCGCUCCAAAGAGUCAACUGCCCGCGUUGUUGUGUGGAGGGAGAUAGGAGUGCAGCGCAGCUACACCAUGGAGAGCACGCUCUGUGGCUGCGACCAGGGCAAAUAUAAGGGUCUUCAGAUUGGCACCCGAGAGCUGGAGGAGAUGGGAGCUCAGUUCUGCGUGGCCCUGCUGAGGCUGAAGAGGCUGACGGGGCUCCGCAAUCACCAACACCUGCUGGAUUUAGAGAGCGAUAUUAUUGGGACACAGUCUAAAGUGGUCAGCAGCAGCCCCACCACCUAUGUGAUGGAGGAGGACGAGCCGUCCUUUCUGGAGGCGAUAGACUAUAGCGCAGAGAGCAACGACGAGGACGCCGAGCCUGAGAACGAGCACGCCAGCGAAGCCCCGGAGAUUCCCGAUCAACUGUCGGACUCUGAGACAAAUCACAGGGACUGAUUUUAUCUCCUCAAUAGCUGGCAACGUGAGCGUAUAACCAGCCAGUGCUUGGAUUGUCAGCUGAUCUAAAAGAUUUCACAGGUGGAGUAGUCAGAACCCACUCUCCUCAUGCUGGUGAAUAAAUAGCUUAGAUUUACACCUGAUCCAGUUAUAUAGACACUUUACGAUGGUAUGUCAGCUGCAUUGAGGUGCUCCUCUCCCAGAUGGAUUGAUUUGUCGGCCCACUGGAGCCGAUUGUGUUGCUCAAUGAAUGUUCUCACCUUUCACUGUCAUCCUAUAACCUUCAUGAACUGUAACCCCUGACCUCAGACACCAUAUAGCCUCUGAGAUUCACUUAUAGCUAGCCAGAGCAGCAAACAGCAGGCACCGCCGAUCCUUAACUUGAACCCUUGUCGCUCAUUUCCCACAGCUGACCUUACGCUGAAGCUAUCUGACAAGGCUGUGGUAGUGUAAUAAAGCCAAUGGCUUCUCUAGGUACUGUUUCUGAAACUCCUCUCACCUGUCGCUCUGUGUUUGGUGAAAACACUCCCAGUGACGGAGGGAAACUGGAUCUCCUCCACUGACCUCCACUGACCAGCCAACCAACCUGCCUUCUUAUUUCCGUCUUCUCCGUACACUCACCCUGCACUUUAACUUUUUACUGCUUUUACCUGACACUUCCUUGUGUCCUUCCUUGCUUGCCUCCUUCCUUUUUUCCAACAAGCCAAGGUUGCGGUGUCUAAAUGGGAUGCGGGAAUGACCAAACAGCUCUGUCAUAGCUUAGCUGCAGGUUAACAUCCGUCAUCCCGGGCGUCUCGUGUAGAAAAACCCACUCAGAUGUAACCUCACUUCCUCUAUGUAACCCCUCCCUCUUCGGCCACAGUGCACGUGGUCCACCAAUGUGCUGUUUGCCUCGCUUUAUCCAAAAGUCAAACUAUUUAUAUCACUCAAAUGUAGAAUGUUCACGUCUUUAUCAAGACAAACCUUGUACUAUACAUGAAAUGCAGAUAUAAACACGCACCACAAACUAACAAACACAGGUCUGGUUUGAGUUUCUCAGUCAGCAGUCAGAGCAUAAAGACGGAAUGUAAAAUAUCCACACGCACUGUUGGUGUUUUCAUUGUUUUUAAUAAUAGACAGUAUUAUAACGUUAGAUGAAGCAGUAACGAACAAGACGCAUGAGCUGCAGAGAACAAAAAGAAACACCUUUUGCACUUUGGAUAAACUCUAUAAAAGCAAAACCAAGAGAAACAAACUGAAUGAAACAUCACUUCACAACAUGUCACAGUUUGCAAACCUCAACUUCAGUCAACUUCAGUCACCUCAUUAGUUUUGAAGCUCUCAGCCCAAUGCUGGUGGUAACAUUGCUGUGAUGUUUUAAAAAAUUAUACUGGAAUUUAGUUUCCUUUUUAUCCUCAAAUCUGUGUGCACAUUUUGUGGAUUUGCUGAGGAGAGACCCAUGCAUACAAACAGAUGGUGCUUUGUAACGAGAGUUUAAAGUAGUUUGUUUGAUUAUUUCUUUAUUUGUUUGUGGAGAUGAGGUAUGAUUCUGUUGCAUUUGUACAGCUAGCGCAUGGCUACUUUCUGUUGUUUUUACUUUGUAAUUUAUUGAGUAUUGUUUUCUGGGAUGCAAACCUGUAUGUAUAUGAGGCAUUUUAAGUGUGUGAGUGCUAGUGUGUGUGUGUGUGUGUGUGUGUGUGUGUGUGUGUGUGUGUGUUCGCAGGAGUUUAAGUUAUUCCAUUAUUCAGCUCAGCUAAUGCUCUUACAGUUUGUUUCUUCUUUCAAUUUGAUUAUCCUCUCACUCUCCUUCACUCCCCUCAAUCAUUCUCUCCUCUUCCCUCUAACCUCUUCCAUUCUCUUGUUUUCUGUCUUUUAGUUCUACUUCCUUUCAGAUUUUACUCAAGAACUUACGAACCCAGGGAGGUCAUUGUUCUGGGCGUCUGCGUGUGUGUAUGUAAAGGAUAGAUGAUGUGAAAAAAUGUCCCUGUGAGAAUUGUGUGUGCUGUUAUGUUUGUUUCUCUGUAGCAGUUUAUGUUGGGGCGACUUUUGUUUUAUGUUUAUUUUGAGGUAAACAAGCAGCGAUAGCAACUCAUUUUAAGUUGAUUGUAAUGCAGAAAAUUGACAAGUGAAGACAUGGGAAAUAAAAUGUGAAUGUGGUGAAACGUC